GCAGCAGCGGCGGCGGCGGCAGCGGCGCCGCCCGCGGUUCCCGCCGGGGCCCGGGCGCCGGCCCCGCUCUGCAGGAUGGGCACGGUGCUGUCUCUUUCCCCCGCCUCCUCGGCCAAAGGCCGGAGGCCCGGCGGACUGCCGGAGGAGAAGAAGAAGGCGCCGCCCGUGGGGGACGAGGCGCUGGGGGGCUACGGGGGACCGCCAGGAGGCAAGGGAGGCAAAGGCGAGAGCCGGCUCAAACGGCCAUCAGUACUCAUCUCGGCGCUCACCUGGAAGCGCCUGGUGGCCGCUUCUGCCAAGAAGAAGAAAGGCAGCAAGAAGGUGACGCCCAAGCCGGCGUCCACCGGCCCCGACCCCCUGGUCCAACAACGCAACCGCGAGAACCUUCUCCGUAAGGGCCGGGAUCCCCCCGACGGCGGCGGUGCCACCAAGCCGCUGGCCGUGCCCGUGCCCACCGUGCCCGCGACCGCCGCCACCUGCGAGCCGUCGUCGGGGGGCAGCGCGGCUGCUCUGCCGCCAGGCUCGGGAGGGGGAAAGCCGCCGCCGCCACCCCCAGCCCCGCAGGCUGCGCCGCCGGUGCCUGGCGGCUCGCCGCGGCGGGUCAUCGUGCAGGCGUCCACCGGCGAGCUCCUGCGCUGCCUGGGCGACUUCGUGUGCCGACGCUGCUACCGCCUCAAGGAGCUGAGCCCGGGCGAGCUGGUGGGCUGGUUCCGCGGAGUGGACCGCUCGUUGCUGCUGCAGGGCUGGCAAGACCAGGCCUUCAUUACUCCCGCCAACCUGGUGUUCGUGUACCUGCUGUGCCGCGAGUCGCUGCGCGGGGAUGAGCUGGCGUCCGCCGCGGAGCUGCAGGCCGCCUUCCUCACCUGCCUCUACCUCGCCUACUCCUACAUGGGCAACGAGAUCUCCUACCCACUCAAGCCCUUCCUCGUGGAGCCCGACAAGGAGCGUUUCUGGCAACGCUGCCUGCGCCUCAUCCAGCGGCUCAGCCCGCAGAUGCUGCGGCUCAACGCCGACCCCCACUUCUUCACGCAGGUUUUUCAAGACCUCAAGAAUGAGGGCGAGGCCGCCACCGGCGCCGGGGGUCCACCCAGCGGGAGUGCGCCGGCGGCCCCCGCCUCCUCCUCGGCCGCAAGGGACAGCUGCGCGACCGGAGCCAAGCACUGGACUAUGAAUCUGGACCGCUAGGGAUACCCGAGGGCCGCGCCUGCCCCCCGCCCCAGCCUCUGACACAUACUUGGAGCCCACGGGACCAUUAAGCUGCCGCCGCUGUUACCGCCGCUCCGGGCCCUGCCGGAGGAGGAAGGGCCCCUACCCCGCAGGGGCAAGUGGAGGCCAGGAAGCCAGAGGCCACGACGUCUGAAUUUGCUGGGUGUAGGGUGAGGGUGGGGGAUGAACGCGGGAGGCGGAGCCCCUACCUCACAUUUACUGUCUGUCUGCACCCCAUCUCUCUAAUUCUGACCAGGUCUCUCCCUACCCUUCUGGGUGUGUCUGUAAGUCCAUCUCCCUUGGUUUUGUCCAUUUCCUCACUUUCUUUCUGUAUCUUCAUCUUCCAUCCUGUCUGCCUUUCAGUUUUCGUUCCUUGGGUGUGUAUUUCCGUCUCCAUCUUACCCCCCACCUAUCUCUCUUUGCCCCUGUUUCUUUUUCUGUGUCCUCAUCUUCCCUUCUUGUUCUCUUUUUCCUCGCUCCUGGCAUGUGACACCACGUUCACUCCUGUCUACCUCCUUCCCCCUCCACUCCGCUAUGUCAGCUUGCAUUUCUUCCCCCGACUGAGCCCCAUACUUCCCUCCCCAGACCAAAAGGAACAUUCGUUCUUAAUUUGGAUUGACUGAGGUGCGGCGAGGAACUGCAGCCCCAGGAGCUCAGACAACUACCAGGAUGGUCCUUCGCCCCACCCCCACCACCUCUCCCUACCUUUCCAACGUGUUGCAUGCCGGGAGUUGGGGGGAGGGGAUGCCGGCUUCAGGAGGCUGAGGUUUGGGAGCAUACUCAACCUAGGAGGCCACCCCGGCAGCAACGGCGCCUCAGCGGAAGGAUAGGAAGAGACAGAAAACUCUUCAUACUCAAGGAGAGGGGCACCCUCUUCCUUAUCCUUAGGUGUUUUUGUUUUCUCCCCUUUUAAUUUAUUGGUUGUUUCUGGAGGGGGGGAGGGGGGAGGUUGGGCCGGGAGCUGUCUGAGGUGCUGAUCUGAGGCCGGACCGAACGCUCCCGGGAGGGGACCAGGGACUGGGUUGGGCCUGGUGCCGUGUCCAAGGUGCCAAUGAUGCGGGCCGACGGCGCGGGCCGCACUUGCUGUCUGUCGGUCUGUCCGGGAGAGAACUAUAAAGCGCUGGAAGCGCCUGC